GGUAGCUUAUCUUAUGUGUCAACACUAGAAUGUUAGUUGAGUUUAGCCUCCUACAACUGGACUAACACGUCACUGUCGUAAGAUUCGUUUAGAUGUACCAACUAAGCUGUUGACCUUUAGAUAAUGUUCUUUCAGUCUAAUCAAUUGGUGGGAGCACUGUAAGCUUUAUACUCCUCCAUACACUAGAACUUUCCUCUGCUCAUUGCUUUCUCUCUAAGGCUCCGACUCUGACUUAACUUGCUUUGUUUCAUUCUCAACAUUUCAAAAUUUUCUGCACUUCACCUCUCAAGUCUCAACCCCUACUCACAACUAAUUUAUAGUGAUUGAUGGGUACCAAAAACGAUGCUCGUUUGGUUGCUCUUUUUCUUUGGGUUCUUCUGUCACCUGUGGUGUUUUCUGCUGAAAAUGACGGGUUGAUCAGAAUUCAACUGAAUAAGAAACAAUUAGAUCAAAGAAUUAGGCUCCAUCGACGAAAUGUUGCUACAGAACAGGAGAGUCCAAGUGGAAAGUAUGGUCUCCAUGGAAGCUCUGAGGAUGCUGAGAUUGUGGAGCUAAAGAAUUACAUGGAUGCUCAGUAUUUUGGUGAGAUUGGCAUUGGCACACCUUCACAGAAGUUUACUGUGGUAUUCGACACUGGAAGUUCUAAUCUAUGGGUGCCUUCGUCAAAGUGUUAUUUCUCAAUUGCUUGUUUUUUUCAUUCCAAGUACAAAUCUGGUCAAUCAAGUACCUACACAAAGAAUGGGAAAUCAGCUGCAAUUCAUUAUGGUACUGGAGCAAUUUCAGGUUUUUUUAGUGCGGACCAUGUCAAAGUUGGUGAACUUGUUGUUCAAAAUCAGGAUUUUAUCGAGGCAACCAAAGAGCCUGGCAUCACGUUCGUGGCUGCUAAAUUUGAUGGAAUACUAGGACUUGGAUUUCAAGAGAUCUCAGUAGGAAAUGCUGUUCCUGUCUGGUAUAGUAUGGUCAGUCAAGGACUUGUAAAGGAUCCAGUCUUUUCAUUUUGGUUGAAUCGCAAUAUCGAAGGGGAAGAAGGGGGCGAGAUAGUAUUUGGUGGGGUGGAUUCUGAUCAUUUCAAGGGGAAUCACACAUAUGUUCCUGUGACUCAGAAAGGCUAUUGGCAGUUUGAUAUGGGUGAUGUCCUAGUUGAUGGGGAAACAACCGGAUUUUGUGCUGAUGGAUGUGCUGCAAUUGCCGAUUCGGGAACCUCCCUACUGGCAGGGCCUACGACUAUAAUAACUCAAAUCAACCAUGCCAUUGGAGCUUCUGGUAUUGUAAGCCAGCAAUGCAAGUCAGUGGUGACACAAUAUGGAAAAACCAUACUAGAUUUGCUGAUUGCUAAGACACAACCUAAAAAAAUUUGCUCUCAAAUUGGUCUCUGUGCUUUUGACGGAACUCGAGGUGUUAGCUUUGGAAUUGAAAGUGUGAUUGAUGAGAAAUUGGGAAGGAAACACGAUAGCAGUCUUCAUGGUGCACCAUGUACUGCUUGUGAGAUGGCAGUAGUAUGGAUUCAAAAUCAGCUAAACCGUAAUAUGACUGAAGAGCAGAUAUUGAACUACGUUAAUGAGCUCUGUGAACGGCUGCCCAGUCCAAAUGGCGAGUCAGCUGUUGAUUGCAGCAGCUUAUCAUCCAUGCCAAGUGUUUCAUUCACCAUCGGUGGUAAAUUAUUUGACCUUGCUCCAGAGCAGUACAUUCUCAAAGUGGGAGAGGGUUCCGCAGCUCAAUGCCUUAGCGGAUUCAUUGCGUUGGAUGUGGCUCCUCCUCGUGGACCUCUCUGGAUUUUGGGAGAUGUAUUUAUGGGUCGCUACCACACAGUGUUCGAUUAUGGGAAAAUGAGAGUUGGAUUUGCUGAGGCAGCUUAGACGAAGAAGCUCUUCCAACUCAUUUUACAUUUGCUUAAUUUGUAUCUAUGGGGAAAACCCUUAACUGUUAUAUUAGCUUCAUCGUUUAACUAAUGCAAUUGUACUAUCUACUAUGGACAUGAAACCUUACUCAUCUAUUCUAUCUGUAUAUAAAUCAAGAUGAUGUAUGUACAAUGACAGCUUAUUUAUAUGUGCAUGAAGUUUAAACUA